AUGAAAUUUAUACCGCUGCAUACAACAAACACUGCCAUUGUGUACAAAAAUUCGCUGUGUUCGUUGGCAUCACUAAUGGUAUUGGUUUUUAUAGCAUUAUCGGUUAUGUUGCCGGUUCUAUUGGUUUCCCUGCUGAGUCCCUAUUCUGGGAUUUCCGAGUCGCGGGUGUUGUAUGAACAACCCAACAUACAGUUCAACUAUCAGUAUAUUUUCUUGGCCAACAUGGAAACGACGACGGAAAAUGAGGAAUCCCCGUUCUUGGCCUGCAGCAGUUUUGGCAACUUUAAUGCUCGCAUACAAAAAUUUACAAACAGCUGUGAUGCUAGCAAAUACUGGACUGAGGAUUUGGAUCAUGAUACUGUCACGGAUCGCCUGCACUUUCAACUGGAGCUGCAGCAUUUGCCAUCCCGUCUAAUGAACUUUGAUUUGUUGCUCUUCUUCGAGGCAAGACUGGGACACAAGUGUGUGCUGACUCCUCCUGCUGUGUUGGCACAUCAGCUGCAACUGCCACAAGCGGCACGUCUGCGGAAUGGUCGCAUCCAGCUCAAGGGAGAGCUUAAACUGAAGCAGUAUGUGGAGUUCACCUGCCCCUUUCCAGGACGCAACAUUCAAACCCAGUUCCGUCAGGUACAGCUGGACACGAAUAACAGUCAUGCGGACAUGUCGCAAUACAAAAUGGAAUCCUUACUCGGACAGGUUAAAGCCAAUCCCGCCUACUUUCAGCUGGCUGUACAGGAAACGUAUUAUAGAACAACUGUUCCACGUUUAGAACCGGGAUUGUUCAUCGAACUAGAGGUGGAUGUUCUCCAAGUGGCAGCACGUUAUCACUUGAGCAUUUGGGAGAGACUGGGACAGUUUUGGUUGUACUUUGCCUCCUUCUUUGGCAUUUCGUUUUAUAUAAUGAACAAGCUGAAGGAUUUUCUAUUCGGCCGACAUAUCAUACGCUCCUGGGAGAUAAUUCCCUGGAAGAAGCUCUACUGACACCAAUCUGGCGCCAUUCUGGAGAUGGACAACUUCUCCAUUGGCGAGUAAGACAUUUGUCAUAUUUUCAGUCAAUGAUUAAAUUAAAUAACAAUUAUACAAAGAA